UACGUACGCGGAAGUUCCGCCAAAAUUGCCACUGUCGUUAAUUUUCAAAACAUGUAGGGAAAUGAACGUUAGACGGGUAGUUUGUGAUUCAAACUCAUCUGUAUUGAUUUAGUUUAGAGUUAAAAACGCCUCGGAAUUAUUCUGCCGAGUUUCUCAUGCGGACAGAAUGAUUUCCAGCCUCCGAGCUGGAUCAGCUGAUGGGAACUAAAAUCGAAACGGUAACAAAGAGCAGGACCCAACUAAGCAGAAUGGAGAAUGGAGCUGAAUCCAUCAAAGAAGGGAACUUUCUCUCCAGAAUGGCGCUCAAUGACAACAAGGCUGGCAUGGAGGGUCUUGACAGGGACAAGAUCAAUAAAAUCAUCAUGGAUACGUCUAAGGGAUCCAGGUUUUACGAGAGUGAGCUGAAGAGAGAGCAGCAGGUGAACCAGCGUAUUGAGAAAAUGAUGCUCCAAAAGGCUCAGAUCACAGAGCAGCAGCUGAAGAAAGCCCAAACGCAGGUGGACAAAAUGGUCUCAGAGUUGGAGAAGACUUGUGAUCUAAGUAGAGUAAUUGUCCAUGUGGACAUGGACGCUUUCUACGCCGCUGUAGAGAUGAGAGACUGUCCUGAGCUGAAGGAGAGGCCAAUGGCUGUGGGAUCCAUGAGUAUGCUGUCUACAUCUAAUUACCAUGCCAGGAAGUAUGGCGUUCGAGCCGCCAUGCCUGGUUUCAUUGCGAAAAAACUCUGCCCCGACUUGGUGAUUGUUCCCCCGAACUUCAAUAAAUACCGAGCUGUGAGUGAUGAGAUCCGGGAGAUCUUUUCCGACUAUGAUCCUCACUUCCAGCCAGUGAGCCUGGAUGAAGCCUACUUGGAUUUUACAGCCCACCUGGAGCAGAGACAAAGUUGGCCAGAGUCCUCGCGUACGCAUCGCUAUCGCUCCAAGAGCUUAGCCACAGAUGAAAAGCAGACUCGGCUUCAUCAGGAAGUGGAGGUAACAGACCUCUCCCCCGUCCUGUUUGAGGACAGUCCAACCUCCUCUCCGUCCCUACCUGGUUCUGGUGGAAGUACCGGUGGUGCUUUUGAGGUGUUUGGGACAUCUGUGGAGGAGGCUGUGAGAGAGAUGCGGUUCCGCAUUGAGCAGAAGACCACGCUGACAGCUAGCGCAGUUUGUUUAGGAAUUGCUCCAAACACGAUGCUAGCUAAGGUGUGCAGUGACAAGAAUAAGCCCAACGGACAGUUCAGGCUUCUCUCCACCAGAGGAGCGGUCAUGGACUUCAUCCAGGAUCUUCCUGUUCGCAAAAUUUGUGGGAUUGGGAAGGUGAAUGAAAAAAUGCUGAAGGCUCUGGGUAUCACCACCUGCUCACACCUCCAACAGCAGAUGGCGCUGCUGUCGUUGCUGUUCUCAGAGACGUCUUGGCAUUAUUUCAUGCAGAUUUCUCUGGGUCUGGGAUCCACGCAUAUACCAAGGCAUGAAGAAAGGAAAAGCAUGAGCACAGAGAGGACGUUUAAAGAACUGAGUAAACCCGAGGAGCAGUUCUCGCUAUGCAGGAAGCUCUGUGAAGAUCUGGCUGAAGACCUGAAAAAGGAAGGUCUAAAGGGUAAAACAGUCACGCUCAAGCUUAAGAAUGUCAAUUUUGAAGUAAAAACCAGGGCGCAGACCCUCCCCUACCCUGUUGCUACAGCCGAGGACGUCUUUGCUGUUGCUAAGGACUUACUGAAAAUGGAAAUAGAAAACGAAAGCCCCCAGCCACUCCGACUGAGGCUCAUGGGUGUUCGAAUCUCUGCCUUCAUCUCCGUGGACGAUAAGACGCCCAUGCAGAAAAGCAUCCUUGGCUUUCUUCAACCAGGAAAGGUGGAUUGUGGUCGAUCUUCCCAAAAAAUACAUCAAAACCUUCAAAAGAAUCCACUCUCCAACCCACCUGUCCAGGCUUCCCAGCCUUUGGGCCAUCUAGAAGUGCAGAAUAGCCAGAAACCAAAGGAAAUCAGCUUAGGGAGAAGACCAACUGAAGAGGAGCCUCAGCAGUCGUUCUUCCAAAGAGCUCAUGCCAAAAGACUGCAGCUCAUGGCGGCAAAUUCAAGCAGACAAGAUGAAGGAUGUAGGGACGAAUCAUCAAUGGUUAACUUAGCCUUGUCUAAGGAGGAUGUAGAACCAUCGACCCAACCGCGUGGAGAUGACUGCGCAGAUUUGGAUUUCUCUGAAAACAAAUCUGCCUCGCCCGUGCAGCCUCAAGCAUCGACAUCAAGCUGCAGGACACAAACAGAAGCUCUCACGUGUCCGGUGUGUUUCAAACAAGUCCGGACCGCUGAUCUGAAUGUCUUCAACAGACACAUAGACAGCUGUCUCAGCGAGGCUGCAGGAAAGCCCAAGAGAGUUUCAGGCGCAGAGUUCGACCUGGAGACUGAACAUCAAAAAAGCAAGGCGGUGCACAAACAGAGCAGAGAGGUCGAAGAGCUGCCAGUAAACGGCGAGGAGUUGAGCAGAAGCGUUCCUCAGGAAGACAGCCCCAAGAACAAUUCUGUUCCAAAGGUUUUGCUGAGUGAACACGAGCAGAAACCCGUCACCUUGCAGGGGCAUCAGUCAGGUCCGGUUCUUAUCUGCCCCGUGUGCUACUUGACCCAAGAAACGGAUGACCUCACCAUCUUCAACCGGCACGUUGACCUCUGCCUGAACCAAGAGGUCCUGCAUGAGCUCAGAGGUCAGACGACAUUAUCCAUAAAACCCUCUGUGGGUAAAAAUAGCAAAGACAGUGGACUCCAUCUGCAAAGACACGCCAGUAAAAGUAAAAACAAAAGAACUGACACGCCUUCCUUUCCCCCGUCUAAAAAACCCAAAAGCCUCGGAGUCUGCAACACCAUCGAUAAGUUCUUCAGGUGACGGUGACCCACGAACAUCAGUCCACAUCUGGAUGAAGGCUGUUAUUUAUUGGAAGUGGAGCACUUGCACAAACCAAGAUGGCAACUUGUUUAUUUUAAUUCUUGGAAAAUAUUUUUUUUUAAAUUCCAGAUUUUGUGGCUAAAUGAGGCUAAUGCCAUUUUAUUUAUGUGUGCUUAACUAAACACAAGGAUAAGUAAAACUUGCUUGUGAUUUUACAGUUUAUAAUUGUUUUUAAAUAAUUUCAUGUUAUUUUUUAAAUCUAUAUUGAUAUUUUUAAUAAUGAAGACUGCCCAAGUCAAUAUUUUGGUAAGGAAAUUCCACGUGUGUUUUGAUAAGAUAAAAAUCCACCUUUUUAGAACCUACUGCACACCUUUGUGGUGUAAGUAUAGGAAAGCCAGCUUGCAUAAGCUUAAAGUAGCCUACAACGAUGCAUUUAGGACUCUGCUAGGGAAGCCUCGGUCCUGUAGUGCAAGUCUUUUAUUUUGUAAUGCUCAUGUCAGGACCUUCCAAGCCAUAAUGAGGAAUUGGCUCUACAGGUUUAUCUUGCGAUUGAAGAACUCUUAAGAACAGACUUGUGCAGAUGCUGGUUGAUCCCCAUUUUAGUGCAGUGCGUUACCAGUCAUCCAUGUGGAGACGCUGGUAUGCAUGUCUUUUAUACAGGGUAUCUGCUGGUCCUUAAAAAGUUUUAAAAAGUCUUAAAUUUGCUUUUACAAAUUUAAGGCCUUAAAAAUCCUUAAAAAUGACAAAUAAUCCUUAAAUAGUUUCCAAAGUUCUUAAAUUACCAAAGACCCAGUAAACAAGAUUCUCUUAUUUCUAUAAAAUUUUCGUGAAUUUCUAGUUAGUUCAGCAUUUUUUGUGUAUGAUGUUGGCGUACGCGGAACCGUACACAUUUGGUUGGUUGUGAAAGGGGCUAUUUUUAGAUGAGCAUGCUAGUGGGAGUUUGCGCCAUGGGAAGUGCAACAUUAAUGGUAACUAGAUGGCUAAUCCCAUGUUCACGACGCGGUUAGCACCGGUUCCAGGCAAUAUGGAAAUUAUAGCUUAAAUUUUAUUAUAAAAAUAGCUUAAAUUUGGUCAAAGUGGCCUUAAAAAGGUCUUAAAAAGUCUUAAAUUUGGCUCCCUUAAACCUGCAGAUACCCUGUUUAUAAUCUUUUGUAUCAUUUUUAUGUCUCUUAUAGUUAAUGUGGACCUUGAGUCUGAUAAUAAAGUUGAAUUUAAUUGAAUUGUAAUAAAUGUUUGAAUUCUCUCUUUUGGAGAA